AUGAGCCCCACCGGUGAUCUGGUUUCUAACUUGACCAAUGAGCUUUAUCGCUUCUCCCUUGAAGACGUUUAUGGAAAUAUUUCUGAGCUGCUGUUGGCUGGAGUGGACACAACCUCCAACACUAUGUUGUGGGCGCUGUAUCUCCUCUCAAGAGACCCAGAAGCUCAAGAGGCUCUGUAUCAGGAUGUAACCAGAGUCUUGAAGGGUGACGGAAUCCCAACAGCACAGGAAGUGAACAGCAUGCCUUACCUCAAAGCUGUCAUCAAGGAAACAUUAAGGAUGUACCCUGUGGUGCCCAUGAAUUCUCGUCUUAUUGCAGAAAAUGAUGUUGUCAUUGGUGGACAUUUUUUCCCUAAAAAGACAACAUUCACUCUGUGCCACUAUGCGAUUAGCCAUGAUAAGAAAGUCUUCCCAGAGCCACAGAAGUUCAAACCUGACCGCUGGCUCAGAGAUGGCAGAACGAGACCCAACCCAUUUGGGUCAAUCCCGUUUGGCUAUGGAGUCAGAGGCUGUGUUGGCCGUCGCAUUGCUGAACUGGAGAUGCAUCUGGCUUUGGCAAGGCUAAUCAAGUUGUUUGAAAUCCGACCGGAUCCAACUGUGGGUGAGGUUAGGUCACUCACUCGUGCAGUGCUUGUGCCAGACAGACAGGUGAACCUUCACUUUGUGGAGAGACAGAAGACAUCUUCUGAACAAUAGCUAAAGAAUACCACCAUUUCAGCAAGAUAUAAGCUGCCUGUGUACAUAUAUGAAAAUGAUCAGCUAGUGUGAAUCAUGUGAAUGUGUCAACUAUUUUACCUCUGUCUGGAUAUAUUUCUAUUGUGCUUUGGGAUAUGCAGUUUAUAGGACCCUGCAUAACACUGUGAAAAAUACUUUUUUCCCCCCACAGUUUUGUAUAUCUCUUGCCAUUAAAUUGGUG